AGAGCAUCUUUUGCAGAGCAGGAAGAGAGGGAGGAAGAGAGGAGGAGGAGGAGAAUAUCACAGCAUAUAUGUGAUGUGUGUGAAUGGAAAACGCCAGGUGAGAGUGUGUGACGGGAUUAGAAGUAUGUUCCGCUUACUCAGAUUAAUAGUGUCGUCACCACGCUGAAGCUCUACAAGUGGCAACAUGCUACGAGCUCGAAUCUCAUUCUCCUGUCUGCUUACGCUCGCCUGCUGCUGCUGCUGCUGCUGCUUCAUCUGCUCCACCCUGGCUCCCCCCAAUAUAUCUUCGUAUGCCAAAACUGAGGACAAGCUAUUGAAAGAGCUCUUCAGAAAAUACCAGAAAUGGGUGAGACCAGUGGAAACUCUGAAUGGGACAAUACGGGUCAAAUUUGGACUGGCCAUCUCUCAGCUAGUCGACGUGGAUGAAAAGAAUCAGCUGAUGACGACCAAUGUAUGGAUGAAGCAGGAAUGGGUCGACACAAAGCUGCGAUGGAACCCUAAGCACUACACGGGUAUCACGUAUAUCAGAGUGCCAUCAGACUAUAUAUGGAUUCCAGACAUUGUGCUCUAUGAUAAUGCAGAUGGGAAAUUUGAGGCCACAGCUACCAAAGCCGUAGUGAAGCAUGAUGGCACCAUCUCAUGGACGCCACCCGCUAACUACAAAUCAGCCUGCACUAUUGAUGUUACCUUCUUCCCCUUUGACCUUCAGAACUGCUCCAUGAAGUUUGGCUCAUGGACCUAUGAUGGCUCACAGGUUGACAUACUCCUGGAGGACGUCCAUGUGGACAAGCGAGACUACUUUGACAAUGGUGAAUGGGAGAUUGUGACAGCUACAGGGAGCCGUGGUUUGAGAACGGACACGACAGGCUCCUAUCCUUUCAUCACUUACUCCUUUAUCAUCCGGCGUCUCCCUCUCUUUUACACGCUGUUCCUCAUCAUUCCCUGCAUUGGUCUGUCCUUCUUGACUGUGCUGGUCUUCUACCUGCCCUCUAACUGUGGAGAGAAAAUCUCUCUUUGCACUUCCGUUCUCGUCUCACUCACUGUGUUUCUCCUGGUGAUAGAGGAGAUCAUCCCGUCUUCCUCAAAGGUCAUCCCGCUUAUUGGCGAGUAUCUGGUCUUCACCAUGAUCUUUGUCACACUCUCCAUCAUCAUCACAGUCUUUGCCAUCAACAUUCACCACCGCUCCUCGUCCACGCAUCACGACAUGGCACCUUGGGUCCGCCGUGUCUUCCUGCACAGUCUUCCGAAGCUGCUUUGCAUGCGCAGCCAUGUAGACCGCUAUGCAACAACAGGAGGGAGUCACCGAGCUGAUGGAACAGCAGCGCUAAACUGUGGGGAGGGCUUAAAACAAGACAGCAGCCUUCUGCUAAACUCUGCAGCACACAAACUUCAAGCAGCACUGGACUCUAUUCGAUACAUCACGCUCCAUGUGGUAAAGGAGAAUGAAGUCAGAGAGGUUGUUCAGGACUGGAAGUUUGUCGCUCGAGUUCUAGACCGUGUCUUCCUGUGGGUCUUCCUGUCAGUAUCUGUGCUCGGUUCCGCUCUGCUGUUCAUUCCUGUCAUUUACAAAUGGGCCAAUAUCAUUGUUCCAAACUAUGUUGAUAACAGUAGCUAAGCUAGCAAACUUACAGUGGAGUGUACAGAAAAAAGCACAGGGAUUUAAAGAUUUUCUGUCGUCAUUAAGAUUGAUUGGUUGGGUUAGUAGUGCAUUAGUAGUGAUAAAAUGAAAUGAAUUUGAUCUUGUCCCACUUUUCACUAAGAUGGCCGUCAUUGCUACAGAAUUACAGUAUGGUUCCAUUUUGCAGUUAUUUGUUUCUUUAACAUACUGCACAUUGUUCCUCAUAUACAACAAACACUGUAUAUUAUAUUAUAAUUUUGGGAUAUAUAUAUAAUUUUGGGAUAUAAUACAAUUAAUAAAAAAAUUUUUUUCAAAGUUUGAGAUACUUGAGAUGCUUCUAUUAUGAAUUAUUAUAGUUAAUAAUUAACUUUACUUUUGGU